GGGAGUUGAGCAGUUGAGUGCCCCAUGGGCAGACGAUGCGAUGUGCGGCACUUCUGGCAACAGCGACAGCAACGCGUCAGAGCGACUGGCAGCAGGAGCAGAAUCCUAGCUGCUGGACCGACGGUUACAGCUUUGAGCGCUGCUGCGGGGACUACCCCCCAGAAGACUGCUUUCCAGGUUAUUUGCCACAUACUCGGGAGCGUUGUUGCCGCAGCCCUUGCGGAGUCAAAGUGCGGGCAAGGAUCCUUUCGCUUCAUCGCUCUGUUUGCCCAAGGCGGAGAUUGUCCAACACCACCUUGGUGACUGGUCUUUGGAACCUGAAGCGUGAGCAUUGGCCUGCGCAUGCGCGCUACCAGGAGGGUGAGGGACAUUCGUUCAGGAAGUAUUUUCAGUGGAUGGACCACCUUCUGCAGAAGCCACAAGCCCUCAUCGUGUUUGGAGAUGCGGAGACAGCAGCGUUUGCUGCGUCCAGGCGCAAAGCGCACGGCCUGCAUAUGUGGAGCUGCAUCGUUGAGGUGCCAAAGGAAGAACUUCCGCAGAUGCAGUGGAAGGAAGAGUAUGAAGAGGCUCACAAGUCAAAUCAACAAAGUCUGCCUGGUGACAUGCGACCAGAAGUGAUUCAGCCGAUGUACACCAUGGUUGUGAACUCCAAGCCUGAGCUGCUGGGCUGCGCAGCGCAAUGGAACCCGUUUGGUUCCCAGACCUUUGCCUGGGUGGACGCAGGAGUGGCCAGGGAAGGGAAGAUUGAUAAUGGCUUUCCAGGC